AUUAGUUUCGAAGAAUAUUUCUAUCGCAAUCCUAUUUUAAUAUUUCCGAUACAUUUUAUUCCAACAUGUGUGUGUUCCUGUAAAAAUGAACAAUUUUAAACGGUAAAUCAGCCUUUGGUGAUUCGCGCGAAGAGAAUUAAACGAGAAAGUGCGGAGGAGUGAAAAAUAAGAGUGGUGGAGACUUUACAAUCGCGAUCGUCGUGCAAGUUCAUAAAAGUGUCGAUCUCUCUGUGUGGUCUAUCGGUCUAACAAAAGCUUUGGUCGAUAAAUUAGACGGGCUACGAGAAGAACGACGCUCUCGAUGUACGGAAAAUAGCGUGACACGUACGAUCACGGCGAUGCAAAAGUAUACGUCUUUUCCAGCGGGAAUCGAUGGCAAAGAAAGGUCUAUGUGGUCACCGAUGAAUGGAACGACAAGUGACCAAGAUAUUAUACGUAGGACGAAUCGCUUCUACGGAUAGAAAAGAAUCUUCACGACUUCUUCUAGAAAACACGUCCGAUGUCAAAGACUGGUAAUAUUUCAUGGAAUGUUAUAAUCGAGGAUUUUCACACGGCUGGUCGUGCUGAAAAAUAACAGCGUUCCUGGUAUUAUUAAACAAAAUAUAUAUUUCUUCUUUUAAUUCUCUCUCGUAAUUUGUACGUAAUUCGAUGCAUUUCCUUCGUUACUAUACUCAUUGUCGAGCAUCCACUAUAAUCUCUAUUCUCACCUGAUGAUACAAUUUCCCUUCAAUUUUCUCUCAAACCUCCCCUAUCGAUAUCUCCCUGCCACCCGUAAACUCCAAUUCUUAAUACGUUCGAGAAUAAAUAAAUAAUAUAUAUGCAGGGCUCAUAAUAGACAGCUAAAUGCACGCAUGGCAGGUAGUGGAAAACGUGUGAUUUCUCCUCGGGUGGUCCGCGCCUAUUUCAUUCGGAACCGCAACGAAAAGUCACCGACAUCCAGUCAUUCACGAAACGUAAUAUCAUCAUUAUAGAUCUCGUCGCACAGAUGCGUCUCUACAGGGACGCAUAGAUUUCGUUUUUAUAUUGCGGUUACCGCGGCCAUUGUGCUUGGUCUUGACGAAAGAAAUGGCUGAAAGACCCCCACAGAGAAGAGGAUCGCAUCACUGCGGGGUUGGAUCACUCGUUUGCUACCCCUGUCGACAGCUACUGUAAUCUGUACACGCUUCCUGCGCGGAUUUCUCACUUGGCUUCCCCUCUUCCGGGACCAUUACCUAUCCGGGACUAUGCGAGAUAUGCAGCCAACGUGUACGAGAACCUGGGACAAAUUGAGCUACUCCUCUUGGAACGAGUUUAACACAGUUCGUCAGAGAGACGGCUGGUUGUCCUGGGAUGAAUCUGGUGUGGUUAUUGAGGUUGAGAUUUUGGACGGAUGUCGAGAUCUUUUCGAACAAGAUAUCGUCCAACUGUUGUUCAAUAAGUUUUAAUCGUAGGGCGGAAGUUUGGAGUGGAAUGGAAUCGCAGGAAAUUUGCUAUGCUAAGGAAAAAUUGAUAGAAGUUAACUGGAAGUAAAGACACGGUCUACAUCCGAAAGCUUCAGUUUCGACGAUCUUACGCUAUCGGUGCAAGAAAUUUCAAAUUUCUAAUUUAACAAAGAUGAGAAAAUUAUUCUCAUGGUAUUAAUGCGUGUCGAAGCUGAAUCAAAAAGAUGCUUGUUCAUAUCGUUACAUCGAGUUAAUCGUUCGUCAUUUAUUUUCGAAGCAAACAGAAUCUGUAACUUCAGUGUCUUUCGAUCGACGGCUGUUUCCAAAUUCAUGAUUCGUCUCAAUCAUCAUCGUCAUUGGCGUUGUUAAAAAUUCUCAAACUCGAUUCCGAGUCCCUAUCAUGUUGGAACCACUGAUCGUACUGACAGUAUUAAAUUGUUUCUUUAUGUUCAGCUCCACUGUCACAACUUGCGCAUUAUGGUGGCAAUAUCGAACUCAUCGUUGCUGUUUCAAGAAAGAUCCCAUGUCACAGAGCACCAAGUGGAAUCCGUCCAAGUCGAAGAAUAAUCCGUCAAAGAACAACAAUUCGUCAAAGAACAAUAAUUCGUCUAAAAACAGUAAUCCGUCGAAAAAACCUGUACACUCGAAACAGGAUAACCUUGUAAAUUCAGUCAGUCGCAGCAAAUCGAAUUCAACGAUGAACCGUGAGAAUAAGAACAGGAAGAACUCGAAGCACAAAUUGAAAUCGAAGUAUCUGUCGAGAAGCAAGACACCUAGCGACGAACGACUGUCGUCCAUGGAAAUGAUAGGAAAUUGGGAGCUCGAAGAUAGAGCGAGAAUGUCAGAAGCGUCGCAGACUACGAACGAUCCAAAAUCGGCGGUGGUGAUGGAAUAUUCAACGGUACAAAAGAUCGUCCAGAUUUUAGACAAUGACGCUGAUCUUAUUGCCACGAAAAUGGCCAUGAAAGAUCUUAAUGCUAAGCAAAACGCGGAAGAGAAGAAAGUACCGAUUUCGAAUCUGAUGGAAUCGCAAUUUGACCAUCAAUCUAUAUCUGAAUACACGCCUCAGGAACAGUAUAAUUGAAUUUUGUAAAAUAAAUCUAGCAGAUUUCUCAUAU